UUCUCACUAUCUGCAGCUUCCGGUUUCACUCUGGACUCCAGCGAGCGCGAACUCGGGAAAACCUUUCACUAUCUCGACUUUUCUCGUGAACCCAGGACUGUUUACAUCAGUUAAAUGUGCAGUUUGGAUUAAAUACCGGACUCUUCUUUCACUCAUGGAUGUUAUAUCGGUUUACUCGAGGCUGUAGUAGCUCUUCAGAGAGGAGGAAGAUCACCUGUAACAGUUGACCAAUGACACCUGUUGUCUCUGCGGCGUUCGCUUUAAGAGAAGCUGCGAUAUAAACAAAGCCUCGAAGAUAUUUUAACGUUUAAUGACGCAUUUAAGAUGAAGGUGACGGUCAUUUUCGGGGAAACUAGAGUUGUCGUCCCGUGUAAGGACAGUUGGAUGGUACGAGAUUUGAUCGAUCAAGCUACUCAAAGAUACAAGAAGAUUGUUGAACAGGAUGGGGAAUUCCUGGUGCGGACGCUUCAUGUGGAGUAUGUGGACGGGGGGAUCCUGGACCCAGAUGACAUGUUAUCAGACCUGGUGGAGGACAAAGAAAAGCUGACAGCAGUGUUUGAAAAACUGGAGCUCCAGCAGAGGGCGCUAGUGAGUCCCGGGGGCAGUUUUGCAUCCGGUCGCUCCAGUCCGGACCACUCUGAACCCGAACUCAACAUCCUGCAUCCGUACCUGAGCAGUGAGAUAGAGGUCACUCCUUCUGCCCUCAAAUCAACCACGCCUCUCUCAGUGCGGAGCAGCAGUGACCCCGCCCUCGCCCCGCCCCUCGAUGCCAUUUCUCUGGACUCUGAGGACUCCAGCAGACCACAGUCCACUGGAGUUGCUCCACCAGUGACUGUGAAGGGCGGAGCCAUGGAUAAACUUAAGGUAGACAACCUGAUCUCCAGGAAUGGACAAGACACAUUAAGAAGUCUCACGCGGACGGUGGAGAUUUCUGGAGACCAUGGGCCUCUGGGAAUCAAAGUCAUACCGUACUGCUCUUCACUAAGUGGAAGGACUCUGGGUCUGAACAUUCGAGCCAUUGAGAAGAACAGCCGCUCAGAGAGAGAGAAGAUCUUUGAAGAGGACGAGUGCAUCGUGCAGAUCAAUGACGCCGAGUUAAUAGACAAGUCCUUUGCUCAGUCUCAAGAGGUCUUCCGCCAGGCGAUGUCCUCCUCCUCUACGUCUACUGUACAUUUAGAGGUGCUUCCUGUUGCAAACAAGCUACGCUACGAAAAGAGCCUCAUCGGACAGCUCUUCAACAGCACCGAAACAAACCCUGCGGUUCCUAAAAUCAAGAGUCCCUUCUUGGUUCGUAAACUUACUCCAAGUAAUACAGCGACGCCGUCGCCUGAGCCUGCUGCCUCACAAACCCCACCCAUAAAGGAGGAGGAGCUUCAACGUGCAAGACACACCCCCGUUGAGUUGAAUCAUCAGAGCAGCACACCUUCUCCUCCCGUCAGCACAUCACCUACACUGAGGGAUCACAGUGAAAGCCCGGCUCUCGCUUCAGUGGUUCAUAUGGUGACCAAAAAGGCUGGGAAGAGAAUGAGGAUUGAUUUGAAGAAAGGUACGGAGGGCCUCGGUUUCACUGUGGUAACCAGAGACUCGUCCCUUCAUGGUCCAGGACCCAUUAUGGUCAAGAGCAUCCUGCCCCGCGGAGCUGCUGUGAAAGAUGGCCGGCUCAAGUCUGGAGACCGAAUCCUGGAGGUAAAUGGAGUGGACAUCACUGGACGAACACAAGAGGAGCUGGUGGCUAUGCUGAGGAGCACCAAACUAGGAGAGACCGUGUCCUUGAUAGUGGGAAGACAAGAAGAGUUUUUGCCCAGAGAGCUGAAAGGCGAGGUGUCAGGUCCACUGGUGUCUGAAGACGGCCGAGAGCAGCUGAUGUUUGAAGUUCCUCUGAAUGACUCGGGCUCAGCUGGUCUGGGGGUCAGUCUGAAGGGUAAUAAGUCCCGAGAGACCGGAGAAGACCUGGGCAUCUUUAUCAAGUCCAUCAUCCACGGCGGUGCUGCAAACAAGGAUGGUCGCUUGCGGGUCAACGACCAGCUGAUAGCGGUGAACAGUGAAUCUCUGGUGGGACGCUCCAAUCAUGAUGCAAUGGAAACCCUGCGGCACUCCAUGUCCACCGAAGGAAACCUGAGAGGAACCAUCCAGCUGGUGGUUCUGCGCAGUCUGGAGCGCUCACCUGCUCAGGAAAAUUAUGAAGCCAGUCAAAGUGCCAACAGAAACGACUCUCCUGUUCUGCGUCGUCAUCACCACCAUCCGAACAGCAACACCACCAACAAUUCAGUACCACAAUCCACAGUGAACGAGUCUGCUCCUGCUCCAUACAGACCUCAUGGUGGACGUCCGGAGCUGCUGGAGGUGGAUUAUGGGGAAGAUGAUUUCCCUCCUCCACCUUCUGAUCUGGACCUGCUGGAAACAAACCCUCCUCACAAACACCAGCCAAAUCGGCCUGAAAUGGAGCCUUUUUCUCAAGUGAGCCACCCCACCAACCAACAAUACCCUCAACGACAGAAAGCCCCAGAAUACUCCACCAACAAGACGUCCAAGAGCAUGGAUUUAGUGGCAGACGAGAGUAACAUGGCCUCCAUUCAAGGACAGAGACCUGAGCCCAUCUCCUCCAACGGCACGGCGCUCGGACCCCGUUUAGGCCUACGGAAGUCCAGCUCACUAGAGAGUCUCCAGACGGCGAUGGAGGAGGUCAGUAAAGAUGAAGUGCCCUUCCAUCGUCCACGUGCACACAUGGUGAGAGGCCGAGGAUGCAACAUGAGCUUCCGUUACGCCAUCGACAAAUCCUACGAAGGGCCUUCUGAAGCAGAGGAUGAUGACUCUGAGGAAGACUCCGGCAGAGAUACACCGGCCAGCAGCUCCUCGCGACAGGAACUCGACAAUGACAGGAAGGUCAAGAAGAAGAAAACCAAGAAGAAGAAAGAGAAAAAGACCAAAAAGAAGGAUGAAGCUGAAGAUCCUGAUAAAAAGACCAAGAAAAAAGGAUUCGGAUUGCUGAGCAUGGAGACCUCACCUGACCUCAGAUCAGUGCAAAAGAAUAUGUUUGGGAGGAAAAACAAAGAGGACAAGACCAAAUCCAAGGCUAAACAGAUGGUUGCUGUGAGCGAAGAGGAGGUGGACAAGAGUGAACCAGAGUUGUUUCUGUCCAAGAGUGAAAGGAACAGUCCUGCUCCUGAGCGUGUGAUCUUCCCAGACGUUGAAGAUGAUGAUCUGGAUCCAAACUACGCUCGCAUUAACAAUUUCAGAAAUCCACCUGCCUCUAGCCAAUCCCCUUUGCCACCUGGAGCUCCAACCAAUAACUACGCUCAGCCUGCUGUGCCCGCCCCCAGCAGAGAGCCGCCCAAUGAGGACGCACUAGAGGGGCUUUAUGCAAAAGUGAACAAGCAAAGAACCGCCCCUCCAAAGACUGAAAGUAAUGAAGAACGAUUGCAGCAAAUCAGGAAUCAGCUUCAGCAGAUCAGACCAGCUCCAUCCUAUGAGGACCUGACCGCUCGAAGACGACCAGAGUAUGACCCUUCACGAAUCAGAGGGCCUGAUUCUAGAACAGCUCCCAGAUACAAUGACGCAGAUCGCCUGUACACCUCUGUGCCCAGGAAGAAGCCUGUUGACGAAUAUCCAAACCAGAACUGGUCUAAUCAGAGAGACCCUGUCCUUUACCCGAACCCCAUUUACGACAAUCCUCCACGCUCGCCUCGUCUGCCUGUACCCAAACCCACAGAGACCCCAGGCGCUCAUUACCCUUCAUCCCCAGCAAAACAGAUGAUGAGGCAGGACGUCCCUCCGUCAUCCAAUCCAGGAGCCAGAGAGCCACCGCGAUAUGAGGCGCUAAACCAGGGCAACUACCGAACGGCCAGUCCUGACCGCUACAGCCCAUACACAGAUGAACAAUAUCAAGACCCUCGGCGGAAAAACCCAAUGAUCGGAGCCGUCUAGAGGAGAAAGAGGAAGGUUGGUGCUGAAAUGCUGAAGUGCUUGUGUAAAAAUGAAGGUAAUUUUGUACAAUUAUGAGACCAAUCUAGUUUUUGGAAGAUGUACGGUAUGAGGAGAAAAUGCUAAUGAUGGUAGCUUGACACAGCCAUGGAUUACUCCAAAGUAAACAAGGUAAAGAUUGUUAAAGAUUUACUCCAAACUAGCAUUCUGUAUUGCUCAAAUCUGGACGUCAACUUGAUUUUACAGCAGGGCCAGUUUAAAGGGUCAGUUCACCCACUAAUUGAAAAUGUGCUGUUUAUUUUCUCACCCUCGGACCUUUCAAAAUGCACAUUUUUUUCUUCUUAACUAGAACAAUAAAGGGGUAGUUUGACAAAAAAUGAAGAGUUACUCCCUAUUAACUCUCCCUCAAGUGGUUCCAAACAUUUAUGAGUUUCUUUCUUCUGUUGAACACAAAAAGAACAUAUUUUGAAGAAAGGUGAAAACCUGUAACCGUUGAUUUCUUUAGUAGGAAAAACAAGUAUUUGGAAGUCAAUGGUUACAGGUUUGUAGCUAAAAUAUCUUCUCAAAGAAUCUCAAAUAGGUUUUAAACAAGUGAAUGAGAGUAAAUGUUGACCGAAUUUUCUAGUUUUGGAUGUACUAACCCCUUUUUGGUCUGUCGUCUUUGGAUAAUUUUCUUGAAAUGCAAAAGGUAAAAGGGUUAGUUCAUCCACAACUGAAAGUUCUGUCAUCAUUUACUCUUUCUUCACUUGUUUGAAACCUACUUGAGUGACUCUGAGAAUAUAUUUUAAAGAAACCUAUAAACCUGUAACCAUUGACUUCUAUUGUAUAGGAAAAUCAAGUAUAUGGAAGUCAAUGGCUACAGACUUCUAGCUCUCUUCAAAACAUCUUCUCAAAGAAACUAAAAUGGGUUUUGAAUAAGUGAAGGAAGAGUAAACUAUGACAGAACUUUCAGUUUUGGAUGAACUAAGCCUUUUUAGCUGAAACUGUGGUCUUUGGUGAGUCAAAUAUUCCUGAAAGUCAGAAAAACAAACAACUUUGACAGUCAAAAAAAAAAAAAAACAAGAGAGGUAAAGGGGUUAGUUCAUCCUAAACUGAAGGUUCUGUCAUCCUUUACUCUUUCUUCACUUGUUCAAAACCUAUUUGAGUUUCUUUGAGAAGAUAUUUUGUAGAAAGCUAGAAACCUGUUGUCUUUGACUUCUAUAGUAGGGAGAACAAGUAUAUGGAAGUCAAUGGUUACAGGCUUUCUUCAAAACAUCUUCUUAAAGAAACUCAAAUAGGAUGGAAACAAGUGAAGGAAGAGUAAAUGAUGACCGAACCUUUAGUUUUGGAGGAUCUAGCCAUUUUUUUUUAAAGCUGAAACUUUAAUUAUUGGUGAGUCAAAUAUUCUUGAAAGACUAAAAAACAAACAACUUUGAGAGUCUAAAAACAAGAGAGGUAAAGGGGUUAGUUCAUCCACAACUGAAAGUUCUGUCAUCAUUUAUUCUUUCUUCACUUGUUUGAAACCUACACAAUUUUCUUUGAGAAGAUAUUUUGAAGAAAGCUAGAAACUUGUAAACAUUUGCUGAAACUGUGGUCUUUGGUGAGUCAAAUAUUCCUGAAAGUCAGAAAAACAAACAACUUUGACAGUAAAAUAAAAACAACAAAAAAAAAAAACAAGAGAAGUAAAGGGGUUAGUUUGUCCAAAACUGAAGGUUCUGUAAUCUGUAAUCUCUUUCUUGACUUGUUUGAAACCUAUUUGAGUUUCUUUGAGAAGAUAUUUCGAAGAAAGGCGGAAACCUGUGACUUUUGACUUCUAUAGUAGGAAAAACAAGUAUAUGGAAGGUACAGGUUUUCAACGAGUAAAGGAAGAGUAAAUAAUGACAGAAAUUUAAGUUUUUCUUAAACUGGUCUUUGGUGGAGCUAAAUAUUAUUGAAAAGCAGAAAAACAAACAACUUUGAGAGUCAAACAAAACAGGCAAAACAAAAUGAGUGCCUUUGACUCAGAAUGACAUAAUGACUCAUGUUGUGAAUUGUGAUCAGUUUAUAGCGCAGACAGAUCGUUUAACUUCUGAUCUUAUUGUAUCAUAAGGAUUAAUUUUGUGUUGCCUGUAUGUGUCUUUUUUAUGACUCUUAAAGUACCUGGACUUCCAUUUUAUGAGCUAAAACCUUCAAUAAAGCCCUUCUAAAGAAUAAAACAUCACUUACAUCUUGGAUCGUCUGAAAUAAAACUGCUCUUUUUCAUUUUUGUGUGAACUGCCCCUUUAAGCUUGAAUCAUACAGCUGUAGGAAGGAUCUAUAGUGUUUGUAUAUUUGUAUGUACAUUUUUGCAUGUAUUUAAUUCACACAAAUGUGUAUAUGAUGGUCAGCCGUGGCUAGUAGGGUCAUUUCUUCCUCCUCAUCAUUAUUUACAGACUAGAUUUUUAAAUAUUCUCGUCAUUUUACCCUAAAAACAUUUUCCGAGAGUGUGUUUGUUUAUAUUUGGGGUGCCUUAUGGUGGGAAGAUGUUGAAAUGUGAAGACAUUUACAAUCAGUUUACGUUUUCUGUUAAACUAAAUGUUUUUAUUUAGCCUUUUCUGUAACUUUGUCUCCCUGAAACACCUCCGUUUUGCUAUAAAUCAAUCUUAAAGUGUCCUAAAUCUGAUGUUUUGAAAUUAAUACUCUCUUAUUAGUCGCUACAUUUUUGUUAAGUCGUCCCAAAAACAAUGAAUCAGACGAGGUUACACAAACAACAGAUCCCAUAUCAAAGUCUCCAACAACUGUUUUGACUUUUUGUCCUCGCGGCUCCUCUUUUAUCUCAGGUCGAGGUUUUAACAUUUCUGCUGUUUGUUUUUCUUUCAUUUUAUUUUUUGCCGUCUAGGUGCAGUACGCUUCUUUAAGGUUAAACAUUGUUGGAUCAUUGCUUUGGAAACAAGACUUCCUGAUGUCCUCGGUUUAUAAAAUAAUCUGUUUGUUAUAAUUAGAAGUCGUGAUGCCAGUCAAAACAGGAUCCGGCGAGAGCCAACUUCAAUAUAUAAACAAUAAAUCCUUGCACCCACUUUAUACUCAUGUUUUUGCACAUUUAACUCUUGAACGAAGGGGUUUCUAGUUAAAUAGAUAGCAAGAAAUUAAAGAAUACAUGACGUUUUGUGGAUUUAAUUUUGAUUGUUACUUUUUUAACAUGCUACUGUAUGGAUAUUCAGUCGGUGUUCAAUCCUAUGUGUGUCUUGUCAUUGGAAAAUUGAUUUUAAUUCCUAUAAUAUUUUUAUAUUGCUUUUUUGCAGUCGAUGUUUAUGGAAAAUCUGCUUUUUUGGAUUUUAUUUAAUCUUUUUAUACUUGUUUUACUUCAUUAACUGCUGUUUUAGAAGGAUUUCUGGUCGAUUUAUUUUUAAGAAUGAAACUUUAGUUAUUUGUAAAUUUUAAUUGGUUUCUGCCUAUAUAUAUUUUUAUGAAAAUCAAGAUGCUGGUCUGCAUAACUAAAAUCAAAUAACAAGCAUGAUGAUAUUUUAUUUCUUCUUUUUUUGAUACCUUAUUCCUUCUAUGUGGUUUGCUAUUAUUUUUCAAGCUGAGCUAAUGUUGUAUUAAAUGAAAAAUAAUGUGAUUCCACUGCACACGCUAUAACCAAAACUCUCAUAUCUAAAUGUAGUAAGUAAACUGCCUCCUCAAUCAUGAAUCAUCAAAUUGUUUGUCACAUUUUGGUACGUGUUAUGUUAAAAUCACAAUUUGUACAUUUGUGUUUUUCAUUAAUAAAAAAGGUGUUUUGGUUUAUUUCACUUUAAA